UGUUUGCAUGGCGGGGUCCAGAACCGGGCGUGCUUGUGGUGGGAGGCGCGUGAGAACAUGAACGGCACGCGGAGUCACGGAGAAGCCGACAGACAGAAGAACAUGAUUACCAUCAUGUAACGGAGUGGACAGUAACUGCACCGGUGAUGUUUACCGGCGUUUUGCGGUUAGACGACUUGCGUUGCGGUGCGUAAAGAGCGCGCGCGAUAGAGAGGAUCAUGAGCGUCGCGCUGAAGAGCUGGAGGGCCAAUGAAGGACCCAAACACUUGAUCAUGAUGGUUUGGGUUGCAGUGAAUGUCCUUCUGUUCUGGAGAACAUUCGUGUUGUACUACAGCGGAGCGCAGUAUUAUUAUCUACACAAGAUGCUGGGGCUGGGUCUCUGCAUCAGUCGAGCGUCAGCCUCCGUUCUAAACUUCAACUGCAGUCUGGUGCUGCUGCCCAUGUGCAGAUUGCUGCUUACCUUCCUGCGAGGAUCCCAGCGGGUAACCAGUAGACGUUUUCGUCGGCUGCUAGAUAAGAGUAAGACAUUUCAUGUGGCAUGUGGAGUCACUAUAUGCGUCUUCUCAGUGGUCCAUGUGAGCGCUCACCUCGUGAACAUGGUCAGUUUCUCUGUCAGAUAUUCAGAGGAUUUCCCCGCGCUCAAUGUCGCUCAGUAUCGAGGACAGGAUCCCAGAGUUCUCAUCAUAAGCACAGUUCCUGGAGUUACUGGCGUCCUGUUAGUGCUGGUGUUGUUUCUGAUGUUUACAGCGUCGUCUUACUCUAUUAGAGUCUCAAGCUACGAGAUAUUCUGGUACACUCACAACCUCUUCAUCGUGUUCUACAUUAUUCUGAUGGUCCAUGUAGUGGGGGGAGCUUUAAAGUAUCAGUCAAACGUGGAGGCCCACCCACCUGGCUGCAUGCACAAGAAUCUCAGCUCAGACUCAUGGACCAAUCGGAGAGCAGCAAGAGAGAAGGGGGUGGAGUUUUCAGGUGGACCACAGACAGUUUGUCAAGAAGAGGCCCGCUUCCAACCCCAUCUCCCUCAGACGUGGAUGUGGGUCUCUGCUCCUCUCUGCCUGUACUGUGCCGAGCGCUUGUAUCGUUUCAUAAGAAGCAGCGCUGCUCCUGUUACCGUUGUUUCUGUCGUUAGCCAUCCAUGUGAUGUCAUAGAAUUGCGCAUGCUGAAGAACGGCUUUAAGCCCCGCCCUGGACAGUACAUCCUGCUGAACUGUCCGAGUGUGUCGUCAUUUGAAAACCAUCCCUUCACUCUCACCACGUGUCCAACAGGGAAGAAUGAAACAUUUGGCAUUCAUCUCAGAGUGCUGGGAGACUGGACCUCAAGAUUUUCUCAGCUUCUGCUUCAACAGUCGAACAUCUCAGAGAUCCUUCCCAUGAUGCAACAGAGGCGAUAUCCCAUAGUCCAUGUGGAUGGUCCGUUUGGCAGUCCGUCUGAGGAGGUGUUUAAUUACGAGGUCAGCUUGUGCGUGGCGGGAGGGAUCGGAGCCACACCGUUCGCUUGUGUUCUACAGGCUCUCUUUGAUGACUGGUGUCAGUAUAAGCUUAGGAGGCUGUAUUUCGUUUGGGUCUGCAGGGACCUUCAGUCCUUCUAUUGGUUUGCUGAUCUACUGUGUGGCCUUCAUGAGAGGCUGUGGCGGGACAAUCGUCCAGACUAUCUCAAUGUUCAGCUCUACCUCAGUAAUGCUCAGGAAUUACAGAGCAUCGGUGAGGAACGUUACCGUUUCUUGAGCUCCAGGCUUCGGAUUGGUCGACCAAAGUGGAAGCUCCUUUUCCGGGAAAUAGGGAGAGCCAAUCAGCUUAAGAGAGUGGGGGUUUUCUGCUGUGGACCCAAAGGGAUCUCAAAAGCGUUACACACUCUGUGCAAUUCAAACCCACACUCAGGAACUGCCUUUGAGUUCAACAAAGAGUCCUUCAGCUGAGGGGUCACAAACAGACCAAUCGAUUAAUGCCAAAAAACGCCACUCUGUCACUGAGGAAUGAGGAAAAAUCCUCAUCUAAAAAUGGAUCCUCGGACAGUGAGACUGAAAGCCGGUAAACAGUGUAGCAAGAGGGAAAAUUUGCACAGUUACAUUCUUAUUCAGGGAAAAUUUGUGUGGAGUUUGUCUACAUGAACCCUUGAUAGACCCUUAAAAACUCUUCUUCCCAUAUAAAAUGGGUUAAAAAGGACUAUUUCACCCAAAGAUGAACAUUCUGACAUCAUUUACUCACCCUCAUGUUUUAUUAUGUUUUGGUGCAUUUUAUACAUUUACAAACAUAAACCAUAAAGUAUACAUUCUCUAUUUGUAUUAUUGUUCAUAUUUUAUUAAGACUUUAUUUGCUCAUGAAAGUGAAAUGAACUGCACUGUUAUUGUAAUACCACUGCCAAAGAAUUCAUUUAAUCGCCGAUAACAUUAUUUUGUAUGCAUAUUAAAUAUAAAGAUACAGUA